AUGUCGUUUCCUGAUACCACUAUCCGCAAACUAGGGGACAUCGAAGAUUACCGCUGGGACAAGCUGGUGCAGGGCACUGACGGGAUUAUUCGGGACCCUGCCGAAAAGAUAUACGACCGCUAUCUGUGGUUCGAGGUUUACGGCCGCGGUGACUUUGCCUGGGGUCUUCAUUGCAACCCCCAAAAGUUCAAGGACCGUCUCAUCGUUCCCGAAAGGUACCUUGAGAUAGGCCCUCGCUUGGCGUCAUGUUCCUGCAAGGAACUUGAUAAGUCGGCCCCGGUCGUAAAGGCCGACAAAAACAUCGAGAGACCGUUUGAACGCCUUCUCGUCACGUUCUUCAAGUCGUGGGAAUCUCAGAACCAUGCGUUAGGUCUUGCCGGGGUUAGUCUUCGACAGCUUGACAUGUUGAAGAAGCCAGGGGAAAUUGCGAGCAUUGCGAAGAAAAUGGUUCAAGGCUUCGAGAAUAUGGGAACUCUUGAUUUGUUUCGCAACAGCAUGCCCGGCCUCAAGGACAUCAUAUCGAAGGUUACCGAGUACAAUAAACUCUCUGCUAAGGAGAGAGAUGACCUAGACACCAAAUGUGUGCUUUAUAUCACCGUCUACCACGGAGAGGACGAAGUUUUUCCGUACAAUUUCACAGCCCAUUGCUUCUGGAAGAUGAGCACGGAGGGAACGAAAUACGUAGAAGGCCAACGACAGAAGAUCGAAUCCACGUUGCCAUCUAGAUAUUCAGUCAACCACUACGAGUAUAUGAAGAACUUCCUCAAGGAACCCAACAGAAAGUGGGCGAUUUACCCCAUCGCCAAGAUGGAGAAGCCUAACCCCUCUGAGGGCCCAGCAUGGCAUACCUGGGCGGAACAGGCAAUCAUUGCCCUAUACGAUGCCUAUCAUCCAAGUAUGCGAGACAUGUCUUGGGAGGGCUUGAAUAACCCCGCCACUUGUUUGCCCGGUCACGUCGCUAGUAUCCUUACAAGAAUCGCUGGCUCAAUAACGGCUUCUAGGGCAUUUUCUUCAUUCGCGAGACCCAAUUUCACUGUCCGCUUCGACUCGGAGAGUGGUCUUAAUUGGAACAGCUCAGUCUUGGAGUUGUAUCGUAUCAAAAACGGUCUCUGGACUGGACCCGAAAAAAUCCGUCAUGUUUUGACUGGGCCCCAAAGAGACCGUCUUGGGCCUCACAUUUAUUGCUGGCUCUACAAGGGACCGCCGUGCAGAGUGGAAGACAACGGCGACCCCAGAGAUCCCAACAGACUUGCCGUCACUUUUUUCACAUGUAAAGUGCCGCAAGGCGUAUACACGGAAGACGCCACUCAGGCACUCCGCCUUCCUCUGAGUAGAAAUGCUGGGGGAUCUGACUGGGGGGUCAGAGAGGGCGACUACGUAAUUCCCGCAGUCGAGAUCACUACCGGUACGUCGAGUACGCGCCAUCCUUAUUCAUACGAGGACUUUCUCCGCGUCGGUCCAUACGACACCUUCUUGGAAAUGCUCAAAGUCGCCUAUCGCAUCGAGUAUACGAAUGCAGACGGAAAUCUCGAGACCAGGUACUUGACACAGGAAACAACAGUGCACUUACCAAAUGGAAAUUGGGCCCAGGCGAUGUCCGUCCUCGCGACAUUCGCCAAUAACUGGCAGGGUGUCCCCAAAGGUGUCCCGAGUCCCCUCAUAGACAAGUGGCAGAUCAGGCUUCGCAAAGUUGAACCAGUCUUCUUUACAGAGAGCCAUAAUGCUGAGAUCCCCAAGAAGAUAGACCAGGACCGGCCCGAAUUGCUCCCCAACGAGGAAAUGGAGAAAUAUCGUGACGGGACUUGUAAGUUCAAAGAAGCUGAUUGGUAUUCCACGGACAAGGCAAAUUGGCAGAAGCCGGUCGUCAUCAAGAGCAAAAACAUUGAUGGUGUUGCUUCUCAAGCUGUAGAGGCUGCUGGGCAUAAGGAGAAAGAUGACAAUGGAAAUGUCAAGUGCAAGGAGAUGGGCCGUUUCGUUUACGACCCAACAACGGCCCUUGAUCCCGAGGAGGGGAUCUAG